CUCUGAGAGCCAAGCCAAGAACAUUAAGGAAGAGAGGAGGAAUGAGGCUGGAUACAGUGCAGUGAAAAAAGACACUUCAAGGAGAAGGGCACCCACUACUCAAAGACUGGACUGUGUCAUCAAAAUGAGAACUUACCGAUACUUCUUGCUUCUCUUUUGGGUUGGCCAGCCCUACCCAACUUUCUCAACUCCAUUAUCUAAGAGGACUAGUGGUUUCCCGGCAAAGAAAAGGACCCUGGAGCCCUCUGGAAACAGCAAAAAUGAGCUGAACCGUUCGAAAAGGAGCUGGAUGUGGAAUCAGUUCUUUCUGCUGGAGGAAUACACAGGAUCCGAUUAUCAGUAUGUGGGCAAGUUACAUUCAGACCAGGAUAGAGGAGAUGGAUCACUUAAAUAUAUCCUUUCAGGAGAUGGAGCAGGAGAUCUCUUCAUUAUCAAUGAAAACACAGGGGAUAUACAGGCCACCAAGAGGCUGGACAGGGAAGAAAAACCUGUUUACAUCCUUCGAGCUCAGGCCAUAAACAGAAAAACAGGGAGACCUGUGGAGCCCGAGUCUGAAUUCAUCAUCAAGAUCCAUGACAUCAAUGACAAUGAACCAAUAUUCACCAAGGAGGUUUACACGGCCACUGUUCCUGAAAUGUCUGAUGUCGGCACAUUUGUUGUCCAAGUCACUGCAACUGACGCUGAUGAUCCAACGUACGGAAACAGUGCUAAAAUUGUCUAUAGCAUCCUACAGGGGCAGCCCUAUUUUUCAGUUGAAUCAGAAACAGGUAUCAUCAAGACAGCCUUGCUCAACAUGGAUCGUGAAAACAGGGAGCAGUACCAAGUGGUGAUUCAAGCCAAGGAUAUGGGUGGACAGAUGGGGGGAUUGUCUGGGACCACCACAGUGAACAUCACGCUGACGGAUGUCAAUGACAACCCUCCCCGGUUUCCCCAGAGUACAUACCAGUUUAAAACCCCUGAAUCAUCUCCGCCGGGUACACCAAUUGGCAGGAUCAAAGCCAGUGAUGCCGACCUGGGAGAAAAUGCUGAAAUUGAGUACAGCAUUACGGAGGGAGAGGGGCUGGACAUGUUUGAUGUCAUCACCGAUCAGGAAACCCAGGAAGGGAUUGUAACUGUCAAAAAGCUCUUGGACUUUGAAAAGAAGAAAGUGUACAGCCUCAGAGUGGAAGCCUCCAACCCUCACAUUGAACCCCGCUUUCUCUACCUGGGUCCAUUCAAAGAUUCAGCCACAGUUAAAAUUAUGGUGGAAGAUGUAGACGAGCCCCCUGUCUUCAGCAAACUGGCCUACAUCCUACAAAUAAGAGAAGAUGCUCAGAUAAAUACGACAAUAGGCUCAGUCACAGCCCAAGAUCCAGAUGCUGCCCGAAAUCCUGUCAAGUAUUCUGUUGAUCGACACACAGAUAUGGACAGAAUAUUCAACAUCGAUUCUGGAAAUGGCUCAAUUUUUACAUCGAAACUUCUUGACCGAGAAACAUUGCUGUGGCACAACAUUACAGUGAUAGCAACAGAGAUCAAUAAUCCAAAGCAAAGCAGCCGAGUACCGCUGUAUAUUAAAGUUCUAGAUGUCAAUGACAACCCUCCAGAAUUUGCUGAAUUCUAUGAAACCUUUGUCUGUGAAAAAGCAAAAGCAGAUCAGUUGAUUCAGACCCUACGAGCCGUUGACAAGGAUGACCCUUACAGCGGGCACCAAUUCUCGUUCUCUUUGGCCCCAGAAGCAGCCAGUGGCUCAAACUUUACCAUUCAAGACAACAAAGACAACACAGCGGGAAUCUUAACUCGGAAAAAUGGCUACAAUAGACACGAGAUGAGCACCUAUCUCCUGCCUGUGGUCAUAUCAGACAAUGACUACCCAGUCCAAAGCAGCACUGGGACAGUGACUGUCCGGGUCUGUGCAUGUGACCACCAAGGGAACAUGCAGUCCUGCCACGCGGAGGCCCUCGUCCACCCCACGGGACUGAGCACGGGGGCUCUGGUUGCCAUCCUGCUGUGCAUCGUGACCCUACUAGUGACAGUGGUGUUGUUUGCAGCUCUCAGGCGACAGCGGAAAAAAGAACCUUUGAUCAUUUCCAAAGAGGACAUCAGAGACAACAUUGUCAGUUACAACGACGAAGGUGGGGGAGAGGAGGACACCCAGGCCUUUGAUAUCGGCACCCUGAGGAAUCCCGAAGCCAUAGAGGACAGCAAAUUACGCAGGGACAUUGUGCCCGAAACCCUUUUUCUACCCCGACGGACUCCAGCAGCUUGUGAUAACACCGACGUCCGAGAUUUCAUUAACCAAAGGUUAAAGGAAAAUGACACGGACCCCACUGCCCCGCCCUACGACUCCUUGGCCACCUUCGCCUACGAGGGUACCGGUUCGGUGGCCGAUUCCCUGAGCUCGCUGGAGUCGGUGACCACGGAUGGAGACCAGGACUAUGAAUACCUUAGUGACUGGGGGCCUCGGUUCAAAAAGCUCGCAGAUAUGUACGGAGGGGUGGACAGUGACAAGGACUCCUAAUAUGUUGCCUUUUUCAUUUUCCAGUAUGACACUGAAACAUGUGAA